UUCCGGAGGGGAGGGCGAGGAACUACGACUUCCAGUGUGCACCGGGACUCUGCGACGGAAAAUUGACUAAUCCGGAAGUGGCAUGUGUCCUCCUUCGUCUGAGAUCCGGCAGCAAUGGCCACAGGAGCAGAUCAGGUGGUUGGAUUUGGCCUGGUGAUUUUCAGUCUUGUGACCUUCACCUACUACACGAUCUGGGUGAUCAUUCUGCCCUUCAUAGACAGUGAUCACAUUAUCCAUAAAUACUUCCUGCCCAGGGAGUAUGCCAUUAUCAUUCCCCUAGCAGCUGGCCUAUUCCUGUUGCUGUUUGUGGGGCUGUUCAUCACUUACGUGAUGUUAAAGAAUCGGAAGCCAGCCAAGAAGACAAAUUGAAGGAGGCACAGCCAGACGUGGGGAGGAAUCUGGAGUCACAUCUUGGACCCCGUGCGCUGCCUCAUAGCCGGGCUUGGAGGAGGCGUGGGGGCAGGGGUUCAAGAGGAUCCUCUGUCCCUGUUCUCACCCCCUUUCAGACCAGGGUGCCUGGGGCAGGGUGCAGUGCUGCUCGCAGGACAAAGCUGAGGAGUUUUAGCAUCCCAGAUGCCCCCUGAACAGUAGACAUUUUGGUCCUGUGGGACUGGCGUGAAUUGAAUUCUGUGACUGACUGCCUCCUUCUCCUGGGAUCCAGCUCGUAUGGGAGGAGCAAGAGGAGGCAUUCCAGCUCUUCUUCCUUGGCUCCUCUCCCAGUUUUAUGGGCGAAAGAGACACCAACCUUCUUCCCUUUCUCCUAUUCCUCCAAGCUCUGCAAAUGAGCUUUUGUUCACAUUCCUAUAGACCCCUUCCCUUCUCUACCUCUUGCUUGGUGGAAAAUCAGUUUUUCAGAGGCUGACACAAUCUUGGGCUCAUCCCAGAGUACAGGCUCUACUAGACCAAUCCCUGCCCUAAAUUCAUUUUCCUGGGAACAAAACCAGCCCAGUGAAGGGGCCAAACAGGGAGAUGUUCAAUUCAGGCUGUGACAAUUAUAGAAACUUUGUGGACCAAACUACUGACUGGCACUACUGGGAAUAAAGGCCUGACAGAUAUUGUUUGUCCAAUGUGCUGUUAUACCCUGUAUCAUCUGACCUCGUGGUUCCUGCACCCUACUGUAGCCCCUGUGCUGCUGAGCUUCCAGUUUCAUCUCUGUGUUUCAAUAAAUAUUUAAUACAACUGUCUCAGUCA